GGGAAGCCAUCGUCGUCGACCCAACCCUCUCUAGUCUCCGCUCCUCCUAUUCCCUCCCUUCCUAUGCUCGGAUACUACCCGUGCACAUAACCCCCCCUGUUUCUCCAAACACCCCACCAAACGCAAGCGAGCGCGAGCAAUCGAACGCACGCUCUCCCUUCCCCUUCACGCGGGGGAGAAUCCUCCGAUGCCAAAGGACUUGGGAUCUUCGUACCGCGUUUCGAUCCACUUCGAUUCAGGUUCCGUACCUUUCCCCCUCGAUUUUUCUUUCUAAUUUUGAUUCCCAAUUUGGUUUCGACUCGGAAACCCUAGUUUCCUUUCUCACUUUGCGCUACUGUAUUGAAUUCCGGGUCGGUUAAUACUUCUGGAGUGGUUAGGGUUGUAUGGGAUUCGGUUAGCGGUAGGAAAAUUCGCUCGAAAUUUGUUGUGAAAGGAUUCACGGUGCUCUGGAUAUUCUAUUUGAUCUUACUCUUCGAUUAUUAUCAAUGAGUUUUCAAGAUGGAGAAUCCUCGUGUCGGGUGGAUGAAUUUAGUUUUCAAUUGUGAAGUUAAUCGUGAUCGAUCAUCGUUUUUGCCGUAAUUAGGUCUUGGAUUCUAUCGGGCGUGAUAGUUCAUCCUAUCUGUUUGUCAAUUGCUGCUGUUGCUAAAACGAAUUAUGUGGUAGGCUGCAGUACAGGAGGGUAGAUACUUUUUGGGGGUAUCAUUUCGGUUAUAUUUGCAGGAAAUUAAGGGCUUGUUUGGAUGCAUGAGCAUUUUUUUCAGCAUGCUGUGAGUGGUUGAUGAGGAGAGUGAAAAAAAAAAAAUUGUUACGACCAUAUAUUAUAAACGUUCCCUAAGUCAUUAUUUUUUAAUCACUGCCAAAGGCUUCUGUCGUUUUAGUGCUUUAAAGAACUGCUAAUAGUUGGAUGUUGUCGAGUAGCUACGCUAUGCUGCAUGUUAGCCAAUGUUGCAGGUAUUGGGUUGAGGAAUACUUCAUCUGCUGAUCAGCUAUUGAUUGAUUAUGGGGUACACAUUCUGAUGAUUGAGAUUUUCAACUCACAGAUGUAAAUGGUCUAUGGAGUAGUGUGACAUACUCUGUAUUCGCAUUAUACAAGUUUGUCGUGCUGUUUAAUUUGGCAAGGAGAGAAACGCUCUUAACUAAGUGAUCUUCAUAGACAAAGAUUUUCUAGCACAAUUAGUGUAAUAAAAGAUAUGUCGAGGGGUCAAUCUCAAACAAGAACCGACUCGAGGAGAAGAGCUCUCGGAAAGUGCAAGUGUAAAAGCAGUACUGAAAGUGUGGUGAUCAUUGAUGUUGAUAGCAGUAAUGACGUGUUCAUAAUCAACUCUCCUGAGAAUUCCCAUCAUGUACCUACUACUUCUAGAAGCCCUUGGAAGAAUACAUCUCCUGACAAUGUUAUUAGCAUAGAUGAUGAUGAUGAUGAAGAAAUUGAUGACAAUCCUACUACCGCCAAUCAUGCCUCCACCAGCAAGUCAUCGAAUCGUAUGUUUAAUUGUGCUUCGCUCUCAAAAGAGCUGGAUGAUGAUGGUGAUGAUGAUGAUGAGUGUCAAAUGUAUGUUAAAGAUGGAAAUUAUUCUGCAAAAUUGUUGCCUAAAUAUGGUUAUCCUAGAAAUCGCUAUGGUCUAGAUUUUGUUCCUGAUUCGAGAUCAUCUGGAGGUAGCACUUCUGAGUCUGGCACAUCUGAAGUGGAAAGUUCUGACUACGACAGUUCUGAUUGUGAAAUUAUGGAUGACACAUCAGGGGAAAUCCGUAAAAACUGGGAGAGAGCUGCUUCAAGAAAAAGGAUGUCAGAGGGAGUUCAGAUCAGCUCAGAGGACUGGACUAGUUUUUCAGGAUCGACUUCUGAUCUUGGAACACAGUCACAUGAGACCACAGUAAACAAUGAAGAAAACUGUUGUUUAAAUGAGACCUAUGCUGAUCAUCAUCACAAAACACCUGCUGAAUGUAGUCCAAACAAUUCAUAUAAUAUAGAGAACAAUCUCCCUUCUGAUGAACCCAUGGAAGAUUUUCUUUUUUGUGCCACAAAUUUAGAUCCUUUUACAGGAAUCAGUCACAAUGAACCUGUUUUCCAGAAGGAAGAACUGAUUCCAGAAAAAUGUUCUACUCAAUCUCAACCCCCUGAUAUUAAUCAACUAAAUGGCGCGGGUGCCUGUUCCUGUGAACCAUCAGUUUGGGUUGAUAAUGGUCAUGCUAAUUAUCCUGAGAAAAUGGAGGAGGAGAUCUUUCUGGAUUCUUCGUGCCACUCUCAAUUACCACACGAUUUCAUUGAUAGUCCUGAAAUUGCUGCUUAUGAGAAAGAGAAGUCAUUCACGAGUAGAAAGGCUUGGCCUAACAAUCAGCAAACAGAAGAAUCACAACUUAAUAAGAAUUGCUUCCAAACUAGCUUUAAGGAAGUUAUUCUAGAGAAAACAUUUGGUCACCAUUAUGCCGGAAGUAGGGGUGAGAUGAGUUGCUCCUCUAAUGCAGAAUCUCAGGUUCAAAACGGUUUAGUUAGUCACUCUGAAAAACCUAUGGAACUGACUGUGAAUGACAACACAUUGGAUGUUCAAAACAAUUUAAUUAUUGACCGUGAAAAACACAAGGAAUCUGCUGAGUUUAGACGUGUUGCAGAGGAAGAAUGGGCGUCCAGGCAGCGGCAGUUACAAAUUCAGGCAGAAGAGGCUCAAAGAUUGAGGAGGCGAAGAAAAGCUGAAAGUUUGCGUCUACUUCACAUGGAAAAGAGGCAAAAGCAGCGGUUGGAGGAAAUCCGUGAAUCGCAAAAGAAGGAUGAGGAAACUAUAAAUCUCAAAGAGCAAAUACGUGUUGAGGUAAGGAAGGAACUUGAAAUAAUGGAAUUAAGAUGCAAAGACAUGGCUUCAGUUUUGCGGGAAUUAGGCAUCCAUGUUGAAGGGGGUCUUUUUCCUUUGCCUCGUGAGAUCAAUUCUGCCUGUAAGCAAGCUCUGAGGAAGUUCCACCCAGAUCGGUUCUCCAGAAGUGAUAUUCGCCAGCAGGUCAAAGCAGAGGAGACAUUUAAGUUCAUCUCGCGCUUGAAAGAAAAACUGCAUCCUUUUUCUUGAUUGAAUAGGUUCUUGGAAUUUGGUGUCGUCUGUUGUUUUUCUAGCACUGUUAACUGGUGGACCUCUGCCCUUUUGGCAAUAUUCUAGCAUUUUCUUUUUCCUUUUGGGUAAAUAUUCCGGCGCUUGUUUCUUGAUGAAGUAGGUCUGUUUCAAAUUCUUUUUUCAUCUGAUGGAAAGGACUAACUAGGUUUUUCCAUUUUUCCACUUUUCAUAGGUGUCAUGCCAUGUUUGAAGUAUGGCAUGGAUUAAGCACUUUGUUUAAGUCCUGUUUAUGCCUCAAAAGCCCGUGGUUUUUCCUGAUAAUUUUUUACCCCGAUAAAUAUUGUACGAUGCUUUACGGGGAGCUUCUUUUAGAGGUUGGUGAGGAAAGGAAAGAGAUGUGAAGGAACUGUUAUUGUUGAUCACUGAGGACUAAAUAAUAUUAGAUAAGAUUGAUUCUUUUUUAACA